CGCGGGGCGUCCGCGGCCCCGUGGUGGGGGUGGAGCUUUGACGCUGUGUUUACGCUCCUUUCCGCCGGUCUGAAGGAGCGAGGAGCGGGCGGCGGCGGAGGGCCCGGGAGCCGCUUGGCGGACACAGGCCGUCACAGACACCGGCCGCGCCGCUCGCUCCCGAUCAGCCUGACGCGAGUGCGCUCCCGCUCUGUGUCGCACACCCCCGCCGCCGCUCUCCCCUGGUUUGGGAGCAUCGCUGGAGGUGGGCCAGAGCCUCAAUGAAGCAUGAAAAAGAACACAAAGAAGAGCUGCGCAACUAUAAUGUCAAGUUAACGAACACAUUCUCAGUCAGUGGCCACAAUGGAGUUGAAUCUUGAUCGCAAAAGGAAAAAGGUCUGUGUGCCGUUUCAGGAUGGCAGGAGGAUGAUGGGGGCUGUCGAGCCCCUCAGUGCCCUCUCUCGCUGGUACCUUUAUGCCAUCCAUGGCUAUUUCUGUGAGGUGAUGUUCACAGCUGCCUGGGAGUUUGUGGUCAAUUUCAACUGGAAAUUCCCAGGGGUCACCAGUGUUUGGGCCCUUUUCAUCUACGGCACCUCGAUCAUGGUGGUGGAGCGGAUGUACCUGUACCUCAAGGACCGAUGUCCAAGUGUGGUGAGGUGCAUCAUCUACACCCUCUGGACCUACGUCUGGGAGUUCUCGACUGGACUUAUUCUGCGUCAGUUCAAUGCCUGCCCCUGGGACUACUCACAGUUUGAUUAUGACUUCAUGGGGUUGGUGACAUUGGAGUAUGCAGUGCCCUGGUUCUGUGCUUCUUUCAUUGUGGAAAAGCUGGUGAUCAGGAACACCCUGCGUUUGCGUUUUGAUGAGAAUGGGGAGCCUUGCACUCCAACCAUCACUCCUCCAACACUGUGGGGCCACUUGAAGCUGAGGAAGGUUGAAUAAAUCACUCUGUUUCAUUUCUCCAUUCAAUGGCAGCUGGAGUUCAGGAAUCAUCUUGUUUACAUUUCCAGACUUGGGAACAAACAACAACGGGACCUCAAGCCAGUUCACAAAACGGUUUAUUUCUGUGCUACUCCCUUUUCGGGAACGGAGAAGCCCAUUUCCAAUGCGUUCUGACUCUAGCACAGCGCAGUCUGGUUAAAGUGUUACUGCUACACUGUGGUGUCCUCACUCCCAGUGCACGCACAUCCACCAACAAGUAUUUGAUCCUCACCAACAGUGGCUCUGCCUGGGGUGGGAUGAUUUAGUAUUUAUAAUAACUUCUUUCCAUUUAUGAAACAUGAAACCAACCCAACCAGAGAAAGCUCCUGCAUGUUACGCUGUUUUUAUGCUACUUGACUUGUUGCUGUUGCAAAAGGGUGUGGGAAAUAACCAAGUGUGUUUGUGAACAAGUCACACUCGGUGUACUUGUCCACAAGCACACUUUCAAUACUGUUUCACCUGUUUACCAAAAGAAUGGGUCCAUGAUCAGAUACACCCUCAUUGUUCAAAAGGGUGUAAAGUGAACGGUUUGCUAGUCAGAGUUGAGAUCUGUCCACAGGGUGGGCGGCUGCAUGCACAUGUGUGUGUGUCUCUCUACAUGUUUGGAGCCCGAACAUCUGACACAUCUGCACGUGCCCGAAUAUUUUCCAAGGGCUGUUCUCAGAUCCAGGUCUGACUUGUGCAUCUCUGCUCUGUGUCAUUAUAAUAAAAAGCAUCCUGUUGAGGAAAUCACUGCCACUUUCCGUUUUCAGGAUUUACCCACCCUGUUCUGAAAGAUCAAUUCUCCCUGGAGUGCAUCUUCCACACAAGGGGAGAUUAAGAGGUAACGUCACUGGACUAGGAGUCCAGAACUUCAGGCUAAUGUUCAUGGUAGAUGGUGAAAGUCUGGGUUGAAAGGCGAGCCAGUGGUGACCAUGUAACCAAUGUCGAUUGCUGUAAAGUUACAUCAAGUUCACUAAUGUCUUUUUAGGGGAGAAAAUUUGCCAUCCUUCUCUGAUCUGGCCUACAUGUGAAUCCAGGCCCACAGCAACGUGGUUAACUUUUUUUUACUGCUCUCUGAAUGGCCUUGCAAACCACCCAGUUGCAGGACAUUUAGGGAUGGGUAACAAAUGCUGGCUUAGCCAUCCACAGCUGAAACAAAGAUGCAGAUGCUCCCUUCGGUGAGUGGGAUAGGUGAUAAAAGGUGCAUAUGGAAUGUUUUACACCAUGGAAUAAUUUUUAUUUUUUCACGGGAUGUGGAGAUCACUGGUGAGGUCAGCAUUUGUUGCUCAUCCCCAGUUGCCUUUGAACUUGCUAGCUAAGCCAUUUCAAAUAGCGGUUGAGCUCUUUAGAGGGUUGGUACAAACUUGAUGGGCGAAAUCGCCUGUAUCUGCCCCACCCUAAUUUCCACAUUGGCCUACAGACCAUGGGAAGUGGAUCAACAUCUCCCUUGCAGUCUUCAAGCCUUUAAACAUUCUGAUUAAAGUAGGCUGCACAUUGUAUCACACCCACGCACAAAUCUUUUAUUAACUUAUCCUUAUCGUUAUACAAUCAACCUUCCUGUCACUUCAUUUCCUUGCCCCAUCUGUAAGUUGUACAGUUUUUCAAGUUCACCUCUCCCUCUCCUCCAUUCUGCCUAGCUGAUGAGCUCCCUUCAGUUUGAAUGGGAGACAUUGAGCUUUGAUUAGCAGCAGCCUCCUCACCCCUUCAAGGAUCACUUCCCCAACAGUAACACGGGGCAAGAAUAUUAAAUAGACCCCAUGGACCAGCUGAUGGAGAAUGGAGAGCACCACCUCUGUAAAAAAAAAAAGACAAAGAGGUCUUCAGUCAAGACACCAUGGACCCCUUCAGUUGGGUGUUAUUCCAUAAAGAUGGAUUCACAUCAUUGAUGGAUGGGCAUCACUCUGAACAACAUUUGGGACUUGUUACUGUGGAGGGAGUCACUCUCGGGCUGUUCACUGGGUCAUGAGGUUUGUCACUCUCUGGGCAUGUCUGUGUUGUUCUGGAGGGACGGGACGGGGUGAGGGGUUUUAAAGAGGAAAUUGUCACUCCACAGGUGCCACUUUUGCAUUGAUGCACAGAAGGAGAGAGAAAAUAGAUACAAAUACAGGAACAAGCUAUGAAAUGGUGGAAACGGCUAGCAGUUCAGCCAAUCUCUACGAUGCAAGGAACAAAACAUAACAUUCCACAUUCCCACCUUGCCAGUCUCGAUCCCUAUAUCUUGGCCCCCAAUCCAUUCAGUUGCAAGCUGUUUCCAUUCUGUCUCUGUGCUAGACAGUCAUUCAAAAGGUUGGGUCGUGUUGGGAAUCUAGCAGCUGGAUAGUUGGUCAGCUCAGUCACAACGUUCACAUUAAGAGUGAGUUCUUCAGUCAAUGCCACCAUUAGGCUCUGGGUAAGAAGCAGCAGGAGCUCCCAGGUUCUGCAGUGGUUACGUCGGUGGUGGGCCGUUAAGGUAGGACAGUGUGAAAUGAAACGGUAGAAAGGUAUUUCUCCGGUGCCAGUUACACUCCUGGAUCACAAUGGGAAAAAUGAGAAGGACAGCAGCCAUCAGCACAAGUACCAGUGACAGAAUGAUGGCCACAACGACAGGGGCACUGCAAGGCAAUCUUCUCUCCAUGGAAUGAGGGGACGGAAGGUGCAGCCUGAAAAUCACAACACACUGAGCAUUAUCCUGGGCAGGAGAGAUUUCCAGACUAAUCGAUAUUACAAUUAAUACUGAACAUGUGCCAGUUUGUACCCACUCAAAACACUCGGAAUGGCAGAGCUAGAGCCCCGAGAACCUACUGGCGUACAUGUGAGUCUCUGGCUUCAGUUUCUUCAUUGUCUUUCCACUUGGUAGCAAGCCUGGGCCAACUAUUUGGUUGAUAGUUGACAGUGAGAAUGGCUCUGAAGGUGGCAUGGAGGAUAUAAAAGGUGCUGUAGGGGUUGGUGAGCAUUCACCUGCUCCUCUGCCCAUCCACGCCAAACAUCCAUGCUUCUAGGGUCGCUGGGCACUGACUCUAAUCUACAGCUGCCCACCAGAGCGGACCUUGACCAUUCUCCAAUGUCGUGUAAGCCUGGGUUAAAAGUCUGUAAGGGUCAAUGGAAGACCACUUCAUUACAUGGCAAGGGAACCAGUUCUCUAACAUCUUCCAUCAGUGGCCACUGGGAAAACUCCAGUUCCAACUUGUGGCAUUCCCAGGCUCAUCACUCACACCCUCUCUCUGCCCCAUGAAGUCUAGUGAGGCGCUGGAUAAUACAGGAAAUCAAGGUUUAUGUGCCCGCUCCCGGAUUGGAGCUACACCUAAAGGAGAGCUGUUCCUAGUAUUACCCUGAAAACCCCCAUGAAGAUCCUAAGGAAUCUCAAGGCCACAUUUAUUUAUCAUUGGGAGCCUUUACUGUUUCUUAUUGACUGAUUGAUUGUAAUAAUGUGAAAGGCUACAGGGGAGCAGGACUAAAUGAACAAAUCUUUGAAACAGUGUGCACAGACAUGUAUUGGGCUGAAUGGCAUUCUAUGCUGUAAAAUGUAAAUAUCUGUACUUACAGCCUGCCAACUCCUGCAGCUACUUCCAGUGUGGUGGUUCCUCUCUUGCUAAGCUUCUGUUUGGACUGUUGGCAAAAAUUAAACAGUGGCAGAGCUUCAAGCAAAUUCCAUUAAACCAACAGUUACCUUAACCUCA